AUGGCUCAACCACCAGCUCAACACGCUCCUUUUACCCGCUUUCUAGCCCCGAACGCGUCCAGCGCCUCUAGCGGGCCCGCACUCCCCCUAAAGCCCAUGUCGUCUGAUUACGACGCGUUUGAUGCUAUUCUGCAUCACAUCUUCAAGCAGACCCAGGGAGAGGCCUGGUUCAAGCCCACCCAAGAGUCGGUCCAGGCGGGCGUUGCUCUACGUCUAGAAAGCAAUCCUCCUCGUUUUAGGAUAUUUCCAUACGAGAACCUGCGUCUGGCGCCCUUUGAAGCAGCCGUCCGAGGCCUCAACCCGCUUGUCGCCGUCAAGAUCCGCUCAGCCUCGGUCCACGCAUCGCUCAGUUUUGUCUCAGAGACGGACAUUUCGAUCCAAAUCGAUUCGAAUACCCGCAUCCAAAUCCUUGACAAUAUCUCGCAGUUGCCCAGGGCCGAUAAAGAGCAGUGUGCAGCAUUCAUCCGUAACGAACGAUGCCUAAUCUGCUGGUCCGACAAUCUGGAUCACAUUAUCCCGACGGGCGCCCCUCUCUGCUACGGCUCCGUCCCAGCCCUUCCCACGGACGCAAUGGACUCGCUCGCUAACAUUCAAACGCUUAGGUGCCAGGAAAUCGACAGGCAGCUCAUUGCACUCGUGUGGAAGAACCGACCUAGCAACCUCGGUACACCCGCUGCAUCCUUCAUGACCUCGGCUGCGGGCACCAUCACGCCCGGAAGCUCAGACGCACAUGUAGCGAUGGGCGAGAAGAAGAGUAUGGACGGAAGGGUAGACGUUCACCAAACUGGAAGGCGUACAGAGCCAGAAGUCCAAGAAGAGGAGAAGCGCGCAAACGUACGCAAGAGCUGGUUCGGAUGGAGGACAGAGAAAAAGGGUCACGAUAUCGAGGCAGACAAGCCUGCGAGCCGCCCGACUCGACUCUUUGCCCCUGUCUACAAUGGCCUCGGUGCCGGCCUAUGUCUCUACUUUAUGGGUAAUGGUGUGUCCAUGCUCCUCCGAGAGUAUUGGGUCGAUGGAAAUCCCAUUCGAUUUGCACUCGCCGCAACAGUUCCUUUCCUCUUCUGUGUAUCUCUUUUCUUCGCCAUGUCCGUCGUCGGUAUUUUCACUCAAGCCUUUGGUCCCGUCGCGCAAUAUCAUCAAAACUCCAAGUACUAUUCUGCAGUCAAACCAGCUCCAAACCCAGCCGUCGAUAAUCAUCUCCCCCACAUCACGAUCCAAAUGCCCGUCUACAAGGAAUCCCUCAAGGAGACGAUUGCCCCCUCUUGCGAGUCGAUCAAAAAGGCCAUGCAGACCUAUGCUCGUCAAGGUGGCACCUCGACGAUCAUGAUCUGCGACGACGGUAUGCAGCUCAUCAAGGAGCCAGAACAGCGCGAACGCCAGGAGUACUAUGCAGACCAUGGCAUCGGUUGGAUCGCCCGUCCAGCACACUCUUCCGAAGCAGAUGGCUUCAAACGUGCCGGUCGUUUCAAAAAGGCGUCCAACAUGAACUAUGCACUCGACAUUUCGCUCAAGCUCGAACAACACCUCGCGAGACUGAUGACCGACGAACAGGCACUUGCCAAUGCUCGUGCUGCUGCAAACCUCAAACGUGCUUUGGAAAUCCAAGAGGGUGCCGGUGGUGACGAGGCUGGCGAGCAAAUGCCCGGAUGGACAAACGCACUCGCGGCUGCUGCUGCUCGUACGGGUGAUGGUGACGAAGAUGACGAGGACGGUGAAGAGUCGUUGGAGGACCUCGCGCUCAGCCUUGCCGUCGAUGAAGUGUUUGAAGAGAGUGGUAGACGGUUCAAACCCUGGGCAGCUCACGGACGUGCGCUGCGUGUGGGAGAGAUUAUUCUCAUCGUCGACUCUGAUACCAUUGUGCCCGAAGACUGCCUUCGUGACGCUGCGCGCGAAAUGGCAGAAUCCCCAGAGGUUGGUGUAAUCCAACACGAGUCGGAUGUCAUGCAGGUCGCGCACAACUAUUUUGAAAACGGUAUUGCUCAUUUCACGAGGCGCAUCAAUCAUGCUAUCAGCUUUGCGUGUGCAAACGGCGAAGUUGCGGCGUUUGUCGGUCACAAUGCAUUCUUGCGCUGGAGUGCGAUUCAAGAUGUGGCGUUUAUCGACCCGGCGGAUGGCAAGCGCAAGAUUUGGUCCGAGAGUAACGUGUCAGAAGACUUUGACAUGGCGUUGCGACUCCAACUUGGCGGCUACAUUGUUCGAUGGGCGAGUUACUCUGGAGGUGGAUUCAAAGAGGGUGUCUCGUUGACGGCGGAUGACGAGUUGAAUCGAUGGGAAAAAUACGCCUUUGGCUGUUCCGAGCUCAUCUUCAAUCCCUUUAUCAACUGGUUCACCAAAGGUCCCAUCACGGCUCAGCUACACAAGUUUGUCUGGUCAGACGCUCCAGUGCAUUACAAGAUUAGUAUGAUGGCCUACAUGUUCUCGUACUACGGUAUUGCCGCCUCGUUCACGCUCGCCUUGCUCAACUACUGCCUGCUCGGCUGGCAAUUGCCCACGGACGGAUACUACUUGCGCUCCUUUGAAGUUGGAUUGUACCGCCUCGGCCACCAAGGGCUCCUUUCCGCACUUGGCGAGAACAUUAUGUGGAUACCCUUCUUCUUCAUCUUCUUCGGCGGUCUGUCUAUCCAUCUCAGCAAGGCCAUUCUCGCGCACAUGGUAUCGUACAACAUCCAGUGGGGAGCGACAAAGAAGGAAGUCGAGAGGUCCAACUUUUUCUUGGAGGUGCCCAAGAUCUUGGUACGGUUCCGCGUUGCACUCGUGUGCUCGUUUAUCGUAUUGGGUGGUAUGAUCGCACUCAUGUUGCCCGUCAUCCCGCUCGAGUGGCAAAUCCCGAUCAACAGCUGGAGUGUGAUCCUCCCGCUCGCCAUUGUGGUCGGAUCCCACAUCCUCUACCCAAUUGUGCUGAACCCUUACCUUAUGGUCUUCUCGUACUAG